UAGCGACUUUUAGGACAGCCAAUAGCUGCUUUCCUUACUGAGGAGUUGACAACACUGCUCCGUGUACAGAGUAGGCAAAACCUGUAGCUCCACCCUAGGGCCUCCGGAGAGAUUAUGUGUGAGAGACUGUAUGACCGCACCUACUUGGAGUUUUCUCUGUGUUCCAGAUGCUUCGUAUAACUCGUUCCACCAGGAGGAGGACUACCCAGUGGUGACAUACCUAAGACAGCCUCUGUACUUUGAGGUGGAGCUUACCAGGUCCACUGACCCCAAUCUGGUGCUAUUGCUUGACCACUGCUGGGCCACGCUCAACAAGGAUGACUCCCAAUCCAGAUGGAAUCUCAUUCAUGGCUGUGAGAAACCGGAGGCUCUGUACCGUGUGGUCUUCCACCCAGUGGUGGCUGACUCCAGGGUCCACUUCCCCUCUCGCAUCAAACGCUUUGAGGUCAAGAUGUUCUCCUUCGCCAAGGAUGUGAAUUAUCUUAGUGGCCAGCUCUUUGUCCAUUGUGUUGAGCUCAUCUGUGACAUCAGUAGUCCCUCUGGCCUCCGUGGUGGACAGUGUGUGAACCAGGACAACAAUGAGAAAGGGCAACGACCUCAAAGAGAUCUGAGGAGCAUCCCAUAUGUUUAAUCUGGACAGGUUCUUCGUGUGUAAAUGUCCUAAUGUGAGGAAAGUUCAAAUAAAGUGUUCUACAUUA